UGCUGAGCAGCGGUGUCGAUCCCUCAGCGCAGUCACGAGGAGGGCUCCAGCAGCUGCCGCGGAGCGGGGCUGGCCCCGGGGUGGCCCGGACGUGCCAGCGCCGAGCCGGGCUCUGUCCCCAUCCCAAGGCACGCAGCGCAGGCAUUCCGGGGGGGCCGGGCAUGCGGGGCUGCCCCGGGCCGGGCCCGGCCCCCGCGGCCCGCAGCCCCCUAUAUCAGCCGUGCCCGCGGGGCAGCGCCGGCACAGCGAGCGCCACAGCCCCCGGCCCCUCGCCCAGCCAUGGAUGACAUCUACAAGGCGGCGGUUGAGCAGCUGACAGAAGAGCAAAAAAAUGAGUUCAAGGCUGCCUUUGACAUCUUCGUGCAGGGGGCAGACGAUGGAUGCAUCAGCACCAAGGAGCUGGGGAAGGUGAUGAGGAUGCUGGGGCAGAACCCCACCCCUGAGGAGCUGCAGGAGAUGAUAGAUGAGGUGGAUGAAGAUGGCAGUGGUACUGUGGACUUUGAUGAGUUCCUGGUUAUGAUGGUGCGGUGUAUGAAGGAUGACAGCAAAGGAAAAACCGAAGAGGAACUCUCAGACCUCUUCAGGAUGUUUGAUAAAAAUGCUGAUGGCUACAUCGACCUGGAGGAGCUGAAGAUCAUGCUGCAGGCAACAGGGGAGACCAUCACCGAGGAUGACAUAGAGGAACUGAUGAAAGAUGGGGACAAAAACAACGAUGGCAGGAUUGACUAUGAUGAGUUCCUGGAGUUUAUGAAGGGGGUUGAAUAAAUCUGAGGCCAGAUGGACAGCUUGAAUCACCUAAACCCUCCAGCUCUGCAUCUCAUCUCCUUGACUAAGUCCCCUGGCUACUGGCAUGAAGACUGAGUGCUGAGAAGGGUGGCCAGGGGGAAAUAAAACCUGUUAAUACCCAGUGCCUCAGCUGGUCAUUCCUUGGAGCUUCAGUGACAGCUCCACCCCUGUUGUGUACUCAUGAUUAAUGAAGCUACUGCUGGGGGUUACUUCUGGCAAGGUGACAUCACAGCUGGAGCUUUAAGCCUGCCAGGAAGUAUUUUGCUGCCAGCCCAAUGGCAAAUCCAUCCAACAGGGCCUUGGGUGCUCGGUGGGGAGCUGCCGUGUUCCAUCUCUUCACCCCACCAUGGUGAGCAGGCUGAGG